UUUUGCACCAACUUUGGUCACCCAGUGGCUUUCCCAACGGUCUUACUCUGGGUUGACUUCAUCGAGGACGUUGUUUCCUGCACAGGCCCUCAAGACUUUGGCAACUCUUCCCUGGUUCAUUGUAUCCCUUUCUUGUCCGGUCUCCCCUAUUUUCUCCCUUGCUCUGGCGACAAGAUACCCACACGUCACCGGUUCACUUUCACACACACUUGUAAAACAUGCACAACCUACCCACGAUAAUAUCAUGUACAGCCAGUCGGCAGCCUACGUCGCCCUCGAAAUCACAACGGCGCUCGACUGCUUUUACAAAGUUCAGACGAUAUUCAACCGCAGAACAAAAGUUGCGUGACGGUAGGAAGAAAACGUCAAUUAGUCGACUUGCACGGAAGCACUGGGAGAAAAAGGAAAAAAUGUCUUGUGUAGGUAAAACCGGUUACGGACUUCGUCGACAGCCCCUUCAUGAUGUCCCCUUCAAAAGAAGAAAAACGUGCGCCAGCUCCAGCGAAAGACAAAGAUUACAGAGAUUGAAAAAGGAAGCAUUUCACGAGUUGGAUAAGCAAAUACGAAGAGAGCAGAUGGCGAUUGUUCAAAGGAUACGAUACUUGGAUUCUCUACCAGCAAGAGAUCGCGAAAUAUUAUUGCAAGCUGAGAUGGAAGUCGAACAAGAGGACAAGGACAUUAAAAGCGAAGACGAUUUCCAUGAAAUUCUAGAAGACAUCUGCGCAAUCGACAUCGCCGAGGAUGACUAUACUGAAGUUUUACAGUUUGAGUACGAUGAGAAUAUGAACACAACUCAUUGGAACUCGGAAUCUUUUGAGAUAGCGAUGGGUGGACCAGGUGAUCUAUUCUGAGGGAUCACAUCAUAUGUAGCGUGCAUUUUGUAGAUAUUUUCGUACAUUCGUUGUCUGUUAAAAUAUGCAUAUAAGCUGGGGAUCAGACGUUAGCUGCUGGUGGUUGUCUGCGGUUGAAGGGGAAAGAAAGGCUAAGGACUUAAUGUCCCUGAAACCAAGUGCGACAAAGCCUCGCCGGCACAUCAUCGGGUUCAUUGGUAGAACUGCCAGAUCUGCAUCGCUUGAACAGUCCCCUCCUUACCGGA